UCUCCUCCAUGACAUCCCAGUGUGGUACACUUCGGACUCGAAUUCAUAUAAUCAAAACAAAAGUUUCCAUUGACCACCGUUUGGUGGUGUCAGUGUCGCUAAUCUGUCAUGUGAUAGGCAAAAACUUUUUCGAUUGGAAUCACCUGUCACAAGAUUUUUUUAGAUAUUCUAGAACACACUUGAAAAUGGCACAGCUACGAAGCGUCUUGGGUAAAACUUUCGGAGGUCUCUUCACUACAGUGGUGACUAUUCUCGUUCUGUAUCAUGUCCUGACUGGAAAGGGCGAGCGUGUAAGUGUUGGCUGGUUUUUGGCCGAAACCUCACCCUAUAUGUGGGCCUGUUUGGGAAUUGGUCUUGCCGUCUCUCUAUCAGUAGUUGGUGCCGCCCUCGGUAUACACACCACAGGCACCACCAUUGUUGGUGCUGGAGUCAAGGCCCCACGUAUCAAGACAAAAAAUCUUAUCUCGGUCAUCUUUUGUGAGGCUGUUGCCAUCUAUGGCCUCAUCACUGCCAUCGUCUUGUCCGGUCUGUUGGAGUCCUAUCACUCAAGUGUCGCCCUUAGCAAUCAAACGGUGAUGAACAACAACUGGACAGCUGGUUAUGUCAUGUUCGGUGCUGGCCUGGCAGUAGGAAUGGUCAAUCUGUUCUGUGGUAUUGCUGUGGGUGUUGUUGGCUCGGGAGCUGCCCUCGCCGAUGCAGCCAAUUCGGCUCUGUUCGUGAAAAUCCUCAUCGUUGAGAUUUUCGGUUCGGCCAUUGGUCUGUUUGGACUCAUCGUUGGAAUUUACAUGACUUCCAAGGUGAAAAUGGGCGACAAAGAUUAAAUCAUUUAAAUACAAUUGUCGUCCCUAUUUCCUUAUUUCUUAUUAUUAAUCCCAUUAAAAUGCAAACUAUUUUGUCCUUUUCACAAAAAAAAAAAAACGAAAAACAUGAAAAUUUAUUCACUAAGUCAUGUAGAGAAAAAAAAAUCAAUGAAUAAUUUUCUGUGUAUAUAAAUGGAACAUUAAUUAACAAAGAAAAAAGUUAUGUUAAAUUACAAAAUAAUAAACGAAGUAUUCAUUCCGUUCUUGUUGAAUUAUACAAAAAAAAACUUCCGUUCUUAAUUUGGAUUUCAUUGCGAAAUCUUAAAGUGAUUCACUUCAAAGUUAUUAUUUUUUUUUAGAUCUUAUUUUUGUUGCAUCUUUAUUUAACAUAAUUAUAAUUCAUUUUAUCUUUUAUAUGUUUGUUAAUAUUUUCUUAUUCAUCCUCUUAUGGAAUAAAAUUACGACAUUAAGUUGUAUUUGAGUAGGACAGAUUAUAAAUAAAGCCAAUGGAAACAACAAUGCUCAUGGUACAAAACAAAAAAGAAAUAAGCAUGUUGCAAAAUUUAUUCACCUACCUACCUACCUAAAUAAACAACAUAACUCAGAUAAACAAAAGUAAAAUUAUUAAAAAAUAGUUAUUCAACCAAUUUAUGUGAAAAAAAUAAAUUAACUUAAUUAUUUAAAAUUAUAUAAAUGUAAGUGAAUUGUAAAUGAUUUAAAUAUAAAGUAUUCCAAUAAAAUGUUAGUUCUCCGA